UUAAGGAGAUACUGACAAUGAGCGGAAGCAAAUUUCUCGCAUCCCUUGGAAAAAGAUUAGAAGGGAAGGUGGCAUUAAUCACUCGAGGUGCCACUGGCAUUGGUGAGACAACAGCCAGAUUGUUCACGCAACAUGGGGCAAAAGUCGUCAUCGCUGACAUCCAAGACGACUUAGGCCACUCGGUGUGCAAAGACAUUGGGUCCGACGCUGCCUCAUACAUUCAUUGCGACAUCACCAAUGAAGCGAACGUCAAAGACGCUGUAGACAGUACCGUCUCUAGGUUUGGGAAGCUUGAUAUCAUGUUCAACAAUGCUGCCCUCAUAGAUCCGUGGAAGACGAGGCUAAUAGACAAUGAGCUGGCUGACUUCGAUAAGGUCCUUGGCAACAACAUCAAGGGGGCCUUCUUGGGCACCAAGCAUGCAGCCCGUGUCAUGAUCCAGGCCAAACAAGGCAGCAUUAUCAACAACGGGAGCGUGGCGUCGGUCAUCGACGGUGUUGCAUCACAUGCAUACGUGGCAUCAAAGCAUGCUCUUGUGGGGCUCACAAGAAGUACGGCCGCGAAGCUCGGGCAGUUUGGGGUUAGAGUGAACUGCAUAUCGCCUUUCCUACUCGACUCAUCUUUGGUGAAGUCCUACCGUUUCAUAGACAAGGACUUGGAAGGCUGGAUGAGUGGUUUCGGUAACCUUCAUGGUGUGGAGCUAACCGCAGAGGACAUCGCCUUAGCUGCUCUCUACUUUGGGAGUGAUGAAUCUGGAUACGUGAGUGGGCAAAACUUCGUGAUCGACGGUGGUUUUGGCUCUGUUAACACUGUUUUUGGACUGUUCAAUCAGCACCCUUGAAAGUUUCGUGAUACAUGGGCCAGGCCAGUUUCUGUGAUCUUCAUGGCCAAAGAUUUAAACAUUUCAAAGAGAUGAUAGUCGGCUCUUUGUAUCGGCCAGGAUGUUUUCUCCAAAUAAAACACUAGCU